AUGCGAGACACUAGUGACAUGAUGGAAGACGCCAUGUCAGAGGACACGAUGAUGGAUUGUGGAGGUUAUAGUGGCGUCAGCGAUCUCAGUGAUUUAACGACAGAUAUUUCAGAUACUUCGGCAAAUAUUCGUGUGGCGGCAGAACGGCUUCUGAAUCUUCUGGGAAUCGAGGAUGAAGACGAUGAUUUUCUGUCAUCCGAGGACGAAGGAGUCGAGCUGGACAUCGACGACGAGGACGAUGACGUGAUAUUUUCCGACGAUGAAAACAACAGACUGCUCCAACAGCUGGCAAAUUCUCUCGCUGAAGAACUUAAAGCGAGUUCGCAUCGGCAAUCUUCACCUCCAGCUUCUUCUCUAGCUCCUCUAGCUUCAUCAGCAACUCGAAAAUACCAAAGCUACCACGCGGACUUGGAAGACCUGGAACUGGACUAUCGGUCCCAUAAAAGGCUCAAAGUAGACAAUGUCCAAAAUUCUAGUCCCGUGUGUUCGUGGAACACCGGGUGGGACGCCUGUGCUACCGAAGCUGUGAGAUAUUUGAUGGAAGAAGAGGGUCUUGCUGGUCAUCAUCCAACUGUCCUGGCGCUCAAAAAUCACCUGGCGUUACAACGGAAUUUAUCAGCGUACAAAACUUAG